GUCUAUUUAACAAUGAUAUUGUGAAUCUAUUAGUAAUUCGACAUCUUUAGUUCAUGAUAUGGGUAAUUUGAACCUCGUUUUUGAUAGUGUUGUGAGUUUAGCUAUUACGAAAUGCGUGGAAUGAAGAUUUGUGGUUGUUCUUUUUGGUAGAACGUUUGCGGUUGUGGUUAAUAUAGUAAGGAAAGAAGAGAAGUGUAAAAGGAAUUUAUUUCAACGCAAGUAUGGAGCUUCCAGUUUUGGACAAAUUUUGUUUUGUGUUCGACUUGAAGACAGGAUGCAUCGCCAUGGGUAUCAUCAAUUCGCUCCUAACAUUCAUCCUGGCGGUGAUCAUGAUCACAUUCGCGGUGGACUUAAAGACCCUGGAGAAGCAGCUGAAGCGCGACGAGGUGGACACCACCAUGACCUCGGUGGUGUACGCCAUCGUGGUGCUGUUGGUUGUGCUGCUGUUUGUCAAGUUCCUGCUCGAUUUGGUCUUCGUUUAUGCCGUUCAUAAGGAAAAAUGCGGUAUUAUAAAAAAAUACUGCAUAUUCUGGAUCAUAUUCGUGGUGCUGUUCAUCAUUGGGUUCCUAAAGAUACUGUUCUACAUGGAUGCUGGGCAUGUCAUCUCUCAUAUCCUCUUUUUGGCCGAAAACUUCUACUACAUCGUUGUAAUAAGGAGCUAUUUGAUAUCGGUCAACGAAGACGGAGUUCUCUAA